AGAGUAACUAACAGCGGAGCAAGAGAGAUUUCAGAAUGUCUUACAAUCUCGGUUGGAUCCCACCAAGCCACAUCAUCGGCUCUCACCACUGGGUGGAUAGCUCUGGAGGUAUGGUACCACACGAAGCAGUGAAGGGAGGCCAAGACGAAGACGGGGGGAUGAUGUACGUUGGAAGGGCAUACCAUGAGAGUGACCUCCUCCCGGCAAAGGUGUGCCCCAACCAUGGAUGCGCCUUCGUCUCCUACAACGGCCAGGAGUUCAGCAAAUCUGAGUACCAGGUUCUCUGCAGCUCCCACAUCGCUUGGAAACCGACGGAGUUGGACAACAUCCCACCCCAAGCUAUUCAAGUUGGAAGAACAUCCACAGGAGAACCUUUGUACGUCGGUAGGACAAUCGUCAACGGAUACAUGACACCAGGAAAGGUACAUCAAAGUCAUAGGUGCCUCUAUGUACCAUUUGCUGGAGAAGAAAGAUGCUUUCAACAGUAUGAAGUCCUCAUCUUGUAUUAGUACCCUGUACAUUAACUACAUUUUUUUCUGAUAAAUUCUAAAUAUAUUUUAAAUACAUUUUCCCAA